CGCCCGCUCUGAUGUCCUACAUUCCUUUCCAGGUUUCAGUCAUAUUUCUGUGCGAUGUCCUUGCAAAAUUUUAAUGUGUAACGAUGAAUUGACUGUUUGUACGACUUUGACUGCUUUUAUCGGCCUCUGAAAGCUCCCCGAAUCAAACGAUGCGGUGUUUACAAGACCUAAGAUCGUCAAAAAGAAGCAAAAAACGAUGCGGCCUAAUGUAGAAGAUGAGGAAGAAGUGACAGGCUGAGGAGUUCACCACAGAGCAGGCAUGUCCUCAAAACUCCAAGCGUUUUCCUCCCCCUCCGUGUCGUCCAGUGGCCUCUCCCGCUCCAAGAAACUGAAGGUGGAAAACCACGUGUGGAAUGUGAGCAGCCAAUCAGAAGAGAGCACCUGCUACCAACCGAGCCCAAAUCAGACUAAUGGCUCCUCCCCCUCUACAUCCGGCUUCAACCCCAGCUACUCCUCCAACUUGGUCUUUCCCCCAUCCGGAAGUUCGCGGGAACAGGCGGUGGUACGUGCCGCGGACAGCACGGGCAGCAUUCCAGAGCCUUCGUCCUCCUCUUCCUCGUCGUCUUUAUCGAGUCGACGUGGAAAAGACGAGGGUUACCGAAAACAUGGCGGUCUGAAGCGCAAGAUCGAAGAGGUGGACAGCAGCGACAGCGUGCAGAUCUUAGAGGAGCUCUCUGCUCCCGUGCUUCCCAAUCGCGUUCCCGGAGGCAACGCUACGGCUCAGUCGAUCGUUCAUUCUGCGUCCACCACCAAGAGCAGUAACUCCCACAGCGAAGGAGACUACCAGCUGGUGCAGCAUGAGAUCCUGUGCUCUGUCUCCAACAGCUAUGAGGUGCUGGAGUUCCUUGGACGUGGGACAUUCGGACAGGUCGCCAAGUGUUGGAAGCGAGGAACCAAUGAGAUAGUGGCCAUUAAGAUUCUCAAGAAUCAUCCGUCAUACGCUCGCCAGGGUCAAAUAGAGGUAAGCAUCCUUAGCCGCCUGAGCACGGAGAACGCCGAUGAAUUCAACUUUGUGCGCUCCUACGAAUGCUUCCAGCACAAGAACCACACCUGUCUGGUGUUUGAGAUGUUGGAACAGAACCUCUAUGACUUCCUGAAGCACAGCAAGUUCAGCCCACUGCUCCUGAAGUGCAUCCGGCCGGUCCUGCAGCAGGUGUCUACGGCUCUGUUGAAACUGAAGAGUUUGGGUCUCAUCCAUGCCGAUCUGAAGCCUGAGAACAUCAUGCUGGUGGACCCCAACAGACAGCCAUAUAGAGUCAAAGUCAUUGACUUCGGUUCUGCCAGUCACGUCUCAAAGGCUGUGUGCUCAACCUACCUACAGUCUAGAUACUACCGAGCUCCAGAGAUCAUACUUGGCCUUCCGUUCUGUGAAGCCAUUGACAUGUGGUCACUGGGUUGUGUCAUAGCGGAGCUGUUUCUGGGCUGGCCUUUAUAUCCGGGAGCCUCCGAAUACGAUCAGAUCCGGUACAUUUCCCAGACUCAAGGAUUGCCAGCCGAGUAUCUCCUGAGCGCAGGCACUAAAACCACUCGAUUCUUCCACAGAGGGCCGGACUCCAGCUACCCUCUCUGGAGACUGAAGACUCCCGCCGAGCAUGAGGCAGAGUUUGGGAUCAAAUCCAAAGAGGCUCGCAAAUAUAUUUUCAACUGCCUCGACGACAUGAUGCAGGUCAACAUGACUAAUUUGGAUGGCACAGAUAUCCUGGCUGAGAAGGCUGAUAGGAGGGAGUUCAUUGACCUGCUGAAAAAAAUGCUAACACUAGACGCAGACAAGAGGAUCACACCCACCAAGACCCUCAACCAUCCGUUUGUGACCAUGGCUCACCUUCUUCACUUCCCACACAGCUCACACGUGAAAUCCUGCUUUCAGAACAUGGAUAUCUGUAAGCGCAGGUGUACUGUAUUUGACAACAACAAAAACCUGUUCGCCAGCCAUAACACUCCCAGCGCGGGCGCCAACCUCACCGUCACCUUCAGCAGUCAGCUUAAUCAACACAAUCAGAUGGCCUCCGCAGGGGCUCAGUCCUUGUCUCUGAGCAGCAACGUUCCGUUAUUGAACUACCAGCCGGGUCUGUACCAGCAGGCCACUAUAAAUAUACCAGGCUUGGCCCAGCAGAGUGUCCCGUUACAAGCUCGCCCUACUCAGCUGUGUGCCCAGUCUGAGCCCUUCCAGCAAACCCUCAUUGUGUGCCCUCCUACCAUACAGGGACUGCAGACCUCCAAUAAGCAUGCUGGUUAUCCAGUGAGAAUGGACAAUGCAGUUCCCAUAGUCCCUCAGAAUCAAUCCACUCAACCUCUGCACAUUCAGCCCAGCAUGUUGACACAGCAGGGCUGGCCAGCGGGCACACAACAGAUCCUCAUACCCUCCUCAUGGCAGCAGAUGUCGGGCAUGGCCAUGCACAACCCCAGCCACCCUGUGCUGUCUGAUUCCCCGCUGGCCUCAGAUAACACCAGCUGGAGGGGUCGACAUGGAGGUCAGUGUGAUGGGCCGCAGCAGGGCUCUACUCAGGGUCGUAAUGCAGGUGCACAGGUCCCAUCUGCGGGAGCGGCCAACAGUCAAACGCAGCAGAAUGAAGUGAAGAAAUCAAAAGGUCGUCGGGCCCAGGACAGAGCCAGGCCCGUGUCCUCGCCGCAGUCGACAUCUUCGGCGUCACACAAUUGCGGUGAUGCGUCCCAGCCAAUCAUCAUCUCUGACACGCCCAGCCCUGCUGUCAGCAUCAUCACCAUUCACAGUGACACAGAUGAUGAGGAUGACAGGAAGUGUCCACCUGAAAGUGGCAGCUGCAGCGUGAAUCAGCGAACCAACGUCAUCAGCUGUGUGACGGUCCAUGACUCGCAGGAUUCCGACUCAUCCAGCAGCACUCCUCUCAGCCCCAGACACCUCCCAAACUUUACUGAGAACAACACGCGCUCCUCCAGAUCUCUGGCUGUGGUCAUGCCAUCAGUGAAAGCACAGCUUUGGGAUGAACCUUCAUCGGAAUUUCAAAGCAGUAAUAGUACUGGAAAAUCAAAGAAAGGUACAAAUGCACAAUCCAGUGGUGACCGCCAUCAGAGGGCUGCGUCCGACAGAUCUCAACCUCUAAACCUGAGCCAGGCACAGCAGUCAAUGAUGUCAUCUCAUGACCGCGCAGGGGGCGUAUCCUUAAGACGCCAGCCCACAUACCCUCCGACAGGCCCCUCCCACUCCUACAGGCUACAUGAAGCGUCGCUUUUUGGCUCCGCCUCCAGUCUCUACGCAUACCCGGCUUCAGCUGCCCUGGCCUCUGUGUCGCAAGCAGUGGACCAGCUGCAUAAUUCAGCCGGUUCCUCCUCUUCCUCCAGUCGGCACGCACGCGCCGCCGGGCCGUACUCUGCCUCUUUGAGUCUUUUGCAGAAGAACAGCGUCAUGGGCGUCAUGUGUCAGACCUCGACUCCGUACCAGCAGUCUGCACAGUCAUACCAGCGUUCUGCAGGCUACCCUCUUAGUCAGAGGAAGCUCAACCAGUUCCCUUACCUGUGACGUAAACCCGAACACGAAACUUGGAUAUGUGAUUGGGAGUGUAUAGUUUAAUUUUAUCUUUUAUUAUAGUGGCCUUUAAUUCUUUUUAUUCAAAGCAUUUCAAAGGUGCACAGCAUCUUAAAAUUAUGUUUACCUGUUAUGCUUGCAUAUAAUGUAAGAGGCUUAAGCGUCCACAUUUUCCCAGAAAUGCUUUUGCUCAGUGUAACAUAUCAAACUUUUUAUGAAAAUCAUUGAUCCGAGACAACAAGAAAAACUGAAGUUUAACAUUGCACAGUAUAUAUAAUGUAUUAUAUACUGCUAAAAUGGUAUGUAGUAUGAUGGUUUAGCCAAGGUUAGUAGAUAUAUGAAGAUCUAUGAAAUAUAUUGUAGUAGCGUUCUCUAAAAAAAAACACAAUUUGGUUUACAUAAAGAAACAUGCAUACUGCCUACAAUGGUUAGCAAGGAAAGUAGAUAGAUGUAAACAGUCCAAAAAUAAUAAUUUCAAAUAAGCUAUGUAUGUAAAAUAAUGGUUUUUAAAAACGUGCAAUUAGAGAAUUAUAUGUUUAUCCUAAAUGUUUUAGGUACAAUUUGCGAGUCAUUGUGUAGUGACUACCAAAAUCUCCACUAAAUCAGGAUUUAAAGGGAUAGUUCACCAAAAAAUGAAAAUUCUGUCAUCAUUUAUUCAUUCUCAUGUUGUUACAAACCUGUAUACAUUUCUUUGUUCUCUUCAACACGAAGGAAGAUAUUUUAAGGAAUGAGCCCCAUUCACUUCCAUGGUAUUAUUUUUUUCCUACUAUGGAAGUAAAUGGGGCUCAUGAUUGGUUUGGUUACAAACCAUACUCAAAAUAUUUCAUUCAUGUUCAUCAAAACAAAGAAAACGCUUGUAACAACAUAAGAGUGAGAAAAUUAUGAUUUUUGGUUUAAUUUUCCCUUUAAUACAAUUAAAAAUGUGUUGAGAAACUGGCAGAAUAGAUUGUGCAAGUCUGCUUGUCCAUACCGGUAUUUUUAGCGGCAUCUAGCUGUGAGAUUGCGAAUUGCAAUCAACCUCAAUUUCGAAACGCAAUGAGAAGCUACGGUAGCUGCCAUAGGACAAAAAUGUCGUCGCCUGAGACAACGUAGAGACGAAACGCGCUCUGUACACUGCAAAAAUGAUUUU